ACGACACUCGCAGGACACGCAGGACACGCAGGACACACUCUCUACCUUCUCCCUCCUCCCACAAUUUCAAAAUCGGCCAUGUACCGACCUUCAAUUUGUCCCCUAGCGCUCCUAGCGGCGCUAGUGAGGGACGUCAGCGCCAGCGCGCUGACGACGAUGGUGGCACCGCAUGAGAGGAGCUGCUUUUAUGCAGAUGUGGACAGGGCUGGGGAAAAGAUUGGGUUCUACUUCGCCGUCCAGGCAGGCGGCGCGUUCGAUAUCGACUUCUUCAUCCAAGACCCGAACGAAAAGCUCAUCCUCGACGGGCAAGGCGAGCGACAAGGCGACUUUGUACUUACCGCCAACACGAUCGGAGAAUACUCGUUCUGUUUCGAGAACAGCAUGAGCGCGUUUGCGGAAAAACUGCUCGAUAUCGAUAUCAUGGUUGAGAGCGAGCCGAGGAGGGAGCCGCCGGCUAAGCAGCAGCAGAUCUCGGAGCAGACGAGUGCGCUCGAGGAGAGUAUAUAUAAGCUCAAUGGGAUGUUGAGCAAUAUCGAGCGGACGCAGAGAUACUUCCAUACGCGUGAACGACGGUCGUUUGAUACGGUCGAAUCGACCAAGAAGAGGCUCUUAUGGUACGGGUUGCUCGAGACAGUCGCUAUAAUAACGAUGGCCGUGUUCCAAGUCUUCAUCCUGCAAAACUUCUUCAACCGGUCGAGGAGGUACAAGGUCUAGAUCUAGACAGGGAAGGGGGAGUGUAUGAUAUCCUACCUGUCUGAUCAGGCUAAUGA